AUGGCUGAAGAGCAACACAAGGGUGAGGUCAGUAGUAAUUUAGAUGUCAUAGCUGCUAUUCAGGAAAUGGCCAGUGCGAUAAGAGAAAAUCGCAAUGGUAAUCAUCAAGAGGGUAAUGAAGAGCGGGUUAUGAGGAUACAAGGUGAAUUUCGUAAAGCUCGCCCUCCAAUAUUCAAGGGUAUUUUAGACCCCAUGGUAGCUGAAGAAUGGCUGAGACAAAUGAAGAGAACUUUGAAUAAUCAAAAGGUGCCAGAAGACUUGAAAGUUAUUGUUGCUUGUACAUAUCUAGAAAGUGCAGCUUAUCACUGGUGGGAAUCAGUUCUUGCUACUCCAGAUAUUGAAAUUACAACCUGGAAUGCAUUUGAAGUAGUCUUUCUUGAAAAGUACUUUCCAGACAUAGUCAGACAGGCCAAGGCUAAAGAGUUUAUGUUUCUAUCUAAAGGGAAUAUGACAGUGGCUGAAUAUCAAGGUAAAUUUGAAGAACUGAUGCGAUUUGCCCCGGGUAUUAUUCCUAAUGAGGCUGCUAAAGCAAUGAAGUUUGAAGAAUGGCUGAAUCCUGAGAUUAGAGAAAUGGUAUCUAUUCUGAAGUUACAAAAAUAUAGUGAAGUAGUGGAUCGAGCACUUAUUGCCGAGCGUAGUAUUCAAGAAACAAAGGGCAGUUUCAAUUUUGGAAAUACUUCUGGACAAUAA